CUUCAUAAAAGCCCGUUCCCGUGUCCCCAGAAGUAGGUACUCCGGUGCGCUUAUCUUUGACAUCUGUAAUCCCUCAACACGGUCACUUUAAUUAUGAUGGAUUACUGGUCGAACCUGCGUCAAUAAAAAUCAAAGACCCAAUACGGGUUUAGCUUCAAUCGCGAAUUGGCACCUGAACUUAGUAGGACAUAAAUUCUUGGAUCGAUCGGAACAAGCUGCUCCCUAGUGGACGAUAAUGAUUGAUUAUGAUCGGUAGUAAUGUAAACGCAAAUGUAUUGCUAGUUUUGCUUGGACUGGCGCUAGUCAGGUGUGGGGCUGAUACAUGGCAUUACCCCAAACCGGGCCCGGACGGAACCGUUGGACAGCCGGAACACUGGGGAGGUAACUGCGAUACAGGUCGUCGUCAGUCUCCAAUAGAUGUGAACUACAAGGCAGCCGUUAAGGGUGUCUACCCGAAGUUCGUGUUCGUCAACUACGACCAACCGAUGCUAAAUGCUUCGUUAGUCAACAAUGGUCAUACAAUUCAAGUGAACGUCAAUGAUGUGUCAGCUUCCGUGUACGGAGGCGGUCUCCGCAGCAAGUACAUCCUGGAGCAGUUCCACUUCCACUGGAGUUCGGAACACACGGUGGUCGAUCAACGCUACGCACUGGAAGUACACAUGGUGCAUCGCAAUUCCAAAUACAGCACAUUAGCUGAAGCAUCCGCCGAGAAGGCAGGAAUCGCCGUGCUAGCCGUGUUGUUUCACGUAGAUGAGCAGCCAAACGAAGCGAUCAAAACCAUCCUGGACGUCACCGCUUCGGUUAAGGAUAAGGUCGACGAUUAUGUGCGCCUGACUGGAAACAUCCUCCUGGACAACUUCCUACCAAAGGACCGAACCGAAUAUUUCCGCUACGAAGGAUCGCUUACCACUCCGUUAUGCGCCGAAGCGGUCGUGUGGACGGUUUUUCCCGAAUCCCUUCCAGUCUCGCUGGCCCAGCUGGAGGAGUUUAAAACCAUACGGGAUGGGGAAAACGAGGCACUUGUUGUCAACUACCGACCGGUGCAACCGUUGAAUGCCCGCGUCCUGAUUUGGGUUGCCGAUACGGAGCGCACCGUCGACAGCGGUACGGUUCGGGUAAGCUCCAUUCAUGCACUCACAGCUAUCAGCAGCCUGCUGCUGUCAAUUGUGAUAGGUUAUUUUAGGUUGUAGAUCGGGACGCUAGGGUUCCUUAAAAUAGAGACUGAUAAACUGAUUGGUUAAGAUAAAG